CCAGGUCACCACCACCCCCUUCUUCACUUUCCCUUCCCAGACCCAGGACCCGGCAGCAACCCGCUCGCUCCCCUCGCCGGCGCCGCCGAUGAAGCGCGCGCGCAGCUCCGAGAUCUUCCUCGGCGGCCGGGGGCGCGCGCGCCGGCGCCUGGCUCCCCUCCUCGCCGCGGCGGCCUUCGCGUACCUCGUCUUCGUGUCCUUCAAGCUCGCCGGCCUCGGCAGCUGGGACGACGCCCCCGCCUCGGCCGCCGGUGCCGUAAGCCGCCCGGCCACCGCCGAAGCGGGGGGCGAGGCGCUGAAGCGGGAGAAUCUCGAGCCGCCGCGCCGUGCUGCUGCUGUGAUCUCGGGGUACGGCCGCAUCACCGGGGAGAUCCUCCGGCGGCGCGAGGCCGCUGGUGGAGGAGGGAGGAGGAGGUGGGGCAUGCGGGGGAACUUCUCCGAGCUGGAGCGCAUGGCCGCGGAGGCGUGGGCGGCCGGGGCCAAGGCGUGGGAAGAGGCCUCCGCGUUCUCCGGCGACGUCGACUCCAUCGUCUCCGGCUCCGGCGACGGCGGCCGAGGGGGUGCGGCAAGCAAGUGCCCCAGCUCGCUGGCCCUCGGCGUCGGCGUCGGAGGGGGCGAGACGUCCGCGUUCCUGCCGUGCGGGCUGGCGGUGGGGUCGGCGGUGACGGUGGUGGCGACGGCGCGGGCGGCCGUGGCGGAGUACGUGGAGGCGCUGGAGCGGAGCGGGGACGGGAACGGGACGGUGCUGGUGGCGCAGUUCGCGGUGGAGCUCCGCGGCGUGCGCGCCUCCGACGGCGAGGACCCGCCCAGGAUCCUCCACCUCAACCCGCGGCUGCGCGGCGACUGGAGCCGCCGGCCCGUGCUGGAGAUGAACACAUGCUUUCGGAUGCAGUGGGGCAAGGCGCAGCGCUGCGACGGCAACCCCUCCAAGGACGACGACCUUGUUGACGGAUUCCCAAAAUGUGAGAAAUGGGAGCGUAGAGACACUGUUGAGUCAAAAGAAACAAAGACAAACUCAUGGUUCAACAGGUUCAUCGGCCGAGCAAAGAAACCAGAAAUGAGCUGGCCGUACCCAUUUAUAGAGGGGAGGAUGUUUGUUCUCACUAUCCAAGCUGGCGUUGAAGGAUACCAUAUCAAUGUAGGAGGUCGUCAUAUUGCCUCAUUUCCUCAUAGGAUGGGAUUCACUCUCGAAGACGCAACAGGUUUAGCUGUAACAGGAGGCAUAGAUGUUCACUCGGUAUACGCGACCUCUCUUCCAAAGACCCAUCCUAGUUUUUCUCUCCAACAGGUCUUGGAAAUGUCCGAUAAAUGGAAGGCUCGCCCUGUGCCAACGGAACCAAUUCAGCUUUUUAUCGGCAUUCUUUCUGCAACAAACCAUUUCUCUGAGCGCAUGGCUAUAAGGAAAACCUGGAUGCAGUUUCCUGCCACGCAAUUGGGAAAUGUGGUUGCUCGAUUCUUUGUUGCACUGAGUCACAGAAAACAGAUAAAUGCAGCACUAAAGAAGGAAGCAGAAUAUUUUGGUGACGUUGUCAUUCUGCCAUUUAUCGACCGGUAUGAGUUGGUGGUUCUGAAAACAGUAGCGAUAUGUCAAUAUGGGGUGCAAAAUGUUACUGCAGAGUAUAUCAUGAAGUGUGAUGAUGACACCUUCCUGAGGCUGGAUGUUGUAUCACGACAUAUCUCUACCUUCAAUAGAACCUUGCCUCUUUAUCUUGGCAAUUUAAAUCUCUUACAUAGGCCUCUCCGAAGUGGUAAAUGGGCCGUGACCUAUGAGGAAUGGCCAGAACGGGUGUAUCCCCCAUAUGCCAAUGGGCCUGGCUACGUAAUUUCGGUCGACAUUGCCAGAGACAUCGCGUCCCGCCACGCAAAUCAGUCCCUAAGGUUGUUCAAGAUGGAGGAUGUGAGCAUGGGCAUGUGGGUCGAGGACUACAACGCCACCUCUGCCGCCUCCGGCCCCGUGCAGUACAUCCACAGCUGGAGGUUCUGCCAGUUCGGCUGCGUGGACAACUACUUCACGGCGCACUAUCAAUCCCCCAGGCAGAUGCUGUGCCUCUGGGACAAACUGUCGUUAGGCCGUGCGCAAUGCUGCAACUACAGAUGACACAGCGAAUCCGUCGCCCCCGUCAACCAUGGCAGCUUCGCCGAAACAACUGACAGUCAAAGCUAGGCGACAUCCAUUGACCCCCUCCCAUGGCGUCGUUUUAGAAGAGCAUGGGGACCAACACGUCGACCGACUGGGUCUCCGUCCACCUUAACCUGACCAUCGAAGAUCUCACCAUUGCCAAUGCUCUUCAGUGCCCAAGACAAGAUGCACCAUCGGCUGGAAUGUAUUUAGUGGGUAGCAGUUAGAGGCUACGUGCUUGGGUCAUUGAGGAUGAACAUGAGUUGAGUCAUUCUGUAAGUCUGUAGGGUGGUGUGCUCGUUUGUCUUGCAGACGGAGCUGAUGAUAUCACGUUAGACAUUGCUGCCAUGCUUUGCAGUUGAGUACCAGAGAACACAUACAAUCCACGGGGACUUAAAAUUCUUGAGAAGAGUUAAAGAUAUAGACACGAAAUGUAAUGUUUCAUAGCACAUAAAUUGAAGUCCAAAUUUGGGACGUAGUUAUAGUGGAUCAACAACAUAUUCAUCUA